AUGUUACUCAUCUCCAUUAUCACGAUCACUCAACUCUUUCUUCUACCAUUCGUGUUUUGUAGAUCAAAGAAGAAAUUCGAGUCGGAUGGGAAGGCAAAUCUAAUUCCACGUGGCAACAACCCGUCAUUGAAGUCAUUGAAGUCGAUAGAUGAAUCGAGUAGCAAGCAGGCGCCUCCGACUGCACAAACUCCACCUUCCCGUACCCCAAUCGAACGAUCUGGAACACCCGAGGAGGACACCUUGGCAAAUGUCAAAUCCCUUCCACCUGAGAAGUCGGAUGCCCCGCUUAGCGGAAAAAAGAAGAAACAUUAA